GAGGUCACAGAGCCCUGUGGUGUCCCCAGGGAAGGGAACUAGGAAUCCUGACAAUGAAUUUUGACCAGAAGGCCGUAAAAUUCCUGGCAAAUUUUUACAUCAAUGGAGGCAAACACUGGACCCGUGGCCCCCUGAGGCAGAAGCUGCCUGUGCCCACCCAGCCCAAUGGUGCUGUGCUGUUCUGGAGGCCAGAGCCAGGGGCUGCCUGGGAUGAGAUGUGGCCCCCAGGGGUGCAAGAGUUCCCGGCUGGCCUCAGGAUGCAAACGGACGCCCUUCAGAAGCCCCCACUUAUGUGCACCCAGAACCUGAGGGAGCUGUUGCUGGAGCAGCGACCCCCCAUCGUGACGGACCUGGAUGUCCCUGGCCCCACCAAGUACCAGGUGCCGGAUGCCUCAGUGCGCGAGUCCUCCCCACAUCCCCACUUCAGCAUCGGCCGCAAGCACCCCUGCCGUGAGGGUGGUGGCCGCAGGGCAUGGCAGACCAUGUGGUUCCAGAGUGAAACCCCCUUCAUGCAGAAAACGGACUUUAACAGAGAACAGAAGUGGCCAUCACCUGCCAACUACCAGCCGCUCAGCCAGUCUGCCUUCCCGGCCUGCAGUUUUGGAGGCCACCGCCCCGCUUCCAAGACACCUGAGGCCCGCAUCCAGCCCGGGCUGCCACGGGUAGGGGGUGCACAUCACCGUCACCAUGCGCAGUCCCUCUUCCAGGCCUCCCUGCAGGCCCCAGGUGGUAAGAAGCGCCCUGGCCCCAACACCUACGACAUCGUUCCCGGGUGCCGACUGCAGAGCCCACGCGCACCCAUGUGCACCAUGAGCCACUCACCUGCGUUUGCCUCCUGGAUCAGCUCCUGUAAGGAGGCCUCAGAGAGGAAGGCCAGGCAGGCUCCCGGCCUGCACCCCCAGCCCAGCUGCCUACUAUGUGGAGGAUUGCUAUAACUCGCGCUUCCCCUCAGCGCCCAGAGCGGUCAUCCAGGGCGUGCGAAGACCCAAGCGUCAUGACACUGGCCCCUUCUGCACACUCUAGAGUCCACUGGGCACAGCCGGCCCACCUGGUUAUCACAUGGAAGCCUGGCUUCCCUGGGGGCCUUCCCAGGCCUCCCUCUGAAACUCAGCACCCCACAGUCUGGCUUUCUGACCCCCCUGGGCACCCUGAUCCACCAUGCUGGCCGGCAGACCCUUCUGUGAGCUGUGGAUGAGGACAGCCCAGCCUGAAGUCCCCACCUGUCCACCCCUUGCUAUACAGAGAUGCUGUUGGUUCUUCCAAAUUC